AUGGCCCCUAAAAAGAAACCGGCACAACCGAGCGCAAAGCGAAGAAAAGGUAAUGGAGAACCUCAAGCUAUUGAGCAGUAUAAUGGAGAAAUGAGACGGACGCUAUCAACUUCUCUGCAAACCCGAGCAUUGAAAGCCUGUACUUACUGCCGCAAACAGAAGACUCGUUGUUUUAAAGCUUCUCCCUUUGCGGUUAGCUGUCUCCGUUGCUUGGGAUCAGAAAGAGAAUGCUCUCUAGAAGAAGAGUAUAAGAGAGAAAAUCCUGAGGUGAAGGUAGUUCAAGGUGUGCCUGAACACUUUGUUGGGCAAGAAACUGUGGGGGACGGUAGUUCUCCAUUGGAGUUUCUUACAAGACCAUUUCCAACUCACAUACGUCCCUAUGCUGAUGAUAUGAAGACCAGGCUUGACGGAAUAUAUUUGGGCGUCUCCGAGCUUUUAGCAUUAGUGAAGAACGGAGCCAAAACAGACGGAGACUCUUCCACGCUCAACAGCGAUGCCAGACUAUUUCUUGACGCGACCUCCUCAAUGAGACGAAGUCCCGCUCCUCCCACUUUGGCAUUAAUGUCAGGGACUAGAUCUAAUAGUCCGGGUCCUAGCCCACUACCAAAUAAGGCAGGCUAUUUCAGCCACUCAGGUUCUUCUGCUGGUCAGAGGCCCCAACUGCAAAAUAUGGAAGAGAUUGGUGUGAAUGAAGAAGACCCAUACGGUUUCAUGCUUCCAUCCAACUCAUUUCAAUCUGCUCCUCUUACUGUUAUAGCGCGACAAGUACGAGAUGUGCCACGCCCUAUACUUAAUCUUCUCCAGCUCACUAACAUUGAAAACCCAACUAGCAGGAGGUUUUUUGAUGUGGAGAAAGAUGUCAUUAGUGGCGGUAUCCUUACUGAACCAGAAGUGGUCGAUUUAAUUAAUGAUUUUAGAAGCAAUUAUGGUCGGUGGGUGCUGUUUCCACUGUAUAUGGCAACGGACGAGCUUAUAGUCCAAAUCAGGAAGAGAUCUUCUCUUUUGCUUACUACAUGUUGCUGUUUGUCAUUGCGGUACCUGUUAAACGGGAAACCAAGCCCAGGAGAUGUGGACAGCUUUAGAAGGAAGAAAGACACCUAUAAACUAAUCAUGCAGCAAUUAGUUACAGACUUGGAUAAAUCACUCCUUAAAUUUGUGGCGUUUCUGGGAACAGCAGAAAAUUUGGGGGAUGUAGAAUUUUUUCAAGCAAUCGUCAUCUUAUCCAUUUACCUGAUGUCAUUAUCUUCCAUUAUCAACGACACCAUUGAUCCGGAUACCUUGCUUGAAACAGACCUAGCAUUGAGGGAGCUCAACCUAGAUCCGUGGUAUUUAUCAGGAUUGGGACUUUCUGCUUUCAUUUCAAAGACUUCAUUUGGUACAUUGUUUUCGGAUAGACUUACUGUCUCUGACAAGCAAAAAGAAACAUUCCUCUCAGAUUUCUCCAUCUGGCGAGGACAAUUUGAAUCCACUGAAGAUCAGAUGUUGACUAUUCUCCGUAUCUACAACCAUCUCAUAUUGAUACACUUAGUCAGUUGCAUCUUUAGUGGGCGCAUGUGUAUCGUUGACGAAAUCAGACUAAACCACUGUAUUGCGUCACUCAGUUUACCUAAUGCUACAAACUUUGAUGGCAGAAUGGUAAGCGAAAUAAGCAUACUUCUCAUCACAUAUAAUUUCGUCCAGUUGAACUUGAAUUCUGGUACAUCCAAAGUGUCCAGCAACGUUGAGAGCAACUUUCAGGUCGUAAAAGAUGAGAUAAAUUCCUGGCUUGAACAAUGGGGCUAUCUUUUUAGCCAGCCUGCACUUCAAUUUGUUGAAUUCUGCUAUCACUUUUGCUACACUUUGAUCUACUACAAUUACACCUAUGCAAAAGUUUUCAUAACAUCUGUAUCUUCUCCAAUGAUGGACUUUUCUCAGAGUACAGUUGAUCAGAUUCUACUUCAUGGGGACAAGGAAAUUUGGCUAGGAAUUAUGUCCCACACUUGCUCGUUGGCGAAGAUAAUCCUGACAGUUAAAGACGACUCAUACUUCGCGUAUCUUUCUGAUCAGAUUCAUUUUUGUUCGUUCUUUGGGGGUUUGAUGUUGAUUAAAACGUUGCACUUCUUAAAGACCAACGACAAACUUCAUUACUUGAACGAUCCAGAUUUGCUUUCAAAGGGCAUGAGUGAGGCAACAUGGAGGGCGCCACUUGAGUACGUGAAACUGCUUAUCGGCAAGUACACUAGGGUGGCACAAGAGAACGAGCAUGACAUCUUGACAAAAUAUAGAAACGGGUUGGUGGAAUGUCUUAAAUCCCUGUUCCCUGACUUCCCAAUCGAUCAGUCAUGA